AUGGGUUGUUGUAAAUCAUUUCCAAAUGGUUGUUGUACUUCAAAAUCAUUAGAAAACCAAACAAACUCAGUUAUUCCUAAAGAAAAUUCAGAAUAAUUUUAGAAUGAAUUCAUUCAAAGUAUCUUAUAUCUUGAUAAUAAUUGCAAUGUUCACAAGGAAAAGGAAAUAUGUUUUCCAAUUAAAAAUUCAUUAUACACAAAAGAUAUAACAGAUGUAGAAAUAAAAUAAGAAUACAUGAAAACUAGUUCUAAACAAUGGAAUAUAAAGCAAACAAUGUUUGUUAGGGUCAAUUCUAAUAAAAAUAUUAAUGACUCUUAUUUGAUAAAAGAAAUGAUUGGAUAAGGAGGGUUUGGUAAAGUCUAUAAAGUCGUCCAUAAAUAAACUGGUAAAUAGCAUCACGACCUCUAACUUAGGAAUGAUAAGGGCAGUGAAAAUGAUAUUGAAAGAGAAGAUGAAAUAAGAAGAUUAAGAAAGAUUAUUAGAGGAAACAGCGAUUUUAAUGGAUAUAGAUCAUCCAAAUAUAGUCAAAUUAUAUGAGAUAUUUUCUGACACAUAUAGUUAUUAUUUGGUAAGUGAAUAUUGUGAGGGUGGAGAAUUAUUUGAAAAAAUUAAACUUGUUUCAAUAUUAACGGAGAAAGAGAUUGCCAAUUUUAUUAAAUAAAUAUUGUCAGCUGUCUCUUAUUGUCAUUAAAAAGGAAUUGUUCAUAGAGAUUUAAAACCAGAAAAUAUAUUAUUUGAUUAGAAACAUGAUCAAGCCUCCAUUAAAAUUAUUGACUUUGGUGCAAGUGCUAAAUUAUAAAAUUGUGAAAAGUUGCAAAAAAGAAUCGGAACUGUAUCUCAUUGUUAUUUUUUUUAGCCUUUUUAUGUUGCACCUGAAGUGCUUGAUGCAAAUUAUGAUGAAAAAUGUGAUAUUUGGUCUCUUGGAGUUAUAUUAUAUAUUCUCUUAAGUGGAUAUCCUCCUUUUAUGGGAUGCAAUGAAUAGGAAGUUUUGAUAAAAGUAAAAAAAGGUGAAUAUACAUUUGACCCUAAUGAUUGGGGGAAAGUUUCUAAUUCUGGAAAAGAUUUAAUAAGAAGAAUGCUGUUAUAUAAUCCUAUUAAUAGGAUAUCAGCUGCUGAUGCUUUGAAUCAUGAAUGGAUUAAAAAUAAUAAAGCUAAAGGACAAAUUAACAGUUUAACUCUUAGUAAAUUAUAAGAUUUUGAUUCAAAAAAUAAAUUAAAAUAUGCAAUCUUUUAGUUUAUUACUGUUCAGGUUGUAACAAACUAAGAAAAAAAUGAUCUUCUUAAAAUAUUUCAAGAAAUCGAUAAAAAUGGAGAUGGAACAGUAAGCAAAGAUGAAUUAUAUUAAGGUAUUAUAAUUCAUUAAUAAUAGCCUAUUUAAAGAUUCAUAAAGGGGACAAAUUAGCUGCUGAAACAGUAGUAGAAGAACUAUUUCCAUAAUUAGAUGCAAAUGGUUCUGGAAUUGUAGAUUUCAGUGAAUUUAUAACUGCAACAAUAAAUAAAGAGAAAUCUUUAAGUAGAUAGAGAAUAGAGUAAUCAUUUAAAUUGUUUGAUUUGGAUGGCAAUGGAUUGAUUACUAAACAAGAACUUAAUGAAUUAUUUGAUGAAGAAAUAGAUGAAGAAAUGUGGUAGGAAAUUUUAGAUCAAUGUGAUACUGAUAAUGAUGGAAUGGUAAAAUAUAUAAUAUAUAAUUAGAUUAAUCUUAAUGAAUUUAUCAAUUUGCUUGAGAAUAAAAUUUCCAAAAAUCCUUUAUUUAAAUCAUGA